AUGACUUUCAUUCGACCUCAGUUGGUUGUGCUGAUGCUUUCCUUGGAGGUCCGUCGCAAUCUCAACCAUAUCAAUAGUAGUCAUUUUCAUUCAACUGGAUCCUCGGUCCCGUUUCCAGUUAAUCUAACUCAGAUACACCAGAUCCAACCGCUGCAGCAUCAGCAACAACAAAACUUGGCCUCGAAUAGCUUACAACAUGCAAGAAAGGCCUCAAUUCAUCUUCCGCCUGGGAGCCUAGAACACACAAGCGGUGCUGGGGAUCAUUCGUCUCAUUAUUCAACUAUAGAUCUGCAGGCACCAACUACUCACUUGGCCAGUGCUCAUACUAAAAUCGUUGGCGGUUUUGCAGCUAAUGUCCAUGAUCCAUCGUCUCUGCCAAUGACCAUACUAAUGGCUACUCCCGUUUUCGGAGCUCCAGUCUUUGGCAAGUUCUCGAAAUUUCGCUUUACUGUACUAUACUAUUGUGAUAGUACUCCUGUACAUUCUUCUUCCAACUUCUCGAUAGCCUCUAACUCCAAUGCUCUUGCUGGGCAACUUCCGUUGCUUGCUGCGCGGCGUGAAGUGAUCCGUCUCUUCGAGCAGGUCUGCUGGCGUCGGUCUGCUGAUCUUGCUGACGUAUUGCCAGAACUUGUUGAAGUGGUUUUGGCAUGCCUUGAUCGUACUUGCCUUAAGGAACGUGGUCUCGACUUCGUAUUUCCGGCCCUUCAACAGUCCGUUGGUUUCAGAUAA